CUGACUGCACUCAUUAAAAUCAUUUAAUAAAAGGGACUUAGAAGAGAGAGCCCUAAUAUUUUAUAAUUCACAUUUAACUGUUUUACUCUUUGGUGCAGCUUUCUUUGUAAUUGUCUAUGUUUAAAUUAACCGCAAUGUGUCAAAAUCAUCAACCCUCCAGUUUUUGAUCAACCACUUUAAUUUCCUUAUGCUGUCACGUAGUCCAGCUCUGUUGACCGUUCUGGACUUUCUAAAUCCAGUGUUGAGUUUCCAAUCAAUCCAACAUCGGAAUGCUGUGUUCUGUAUGUGUUUAAGGAACUUCCACGUCUGGUUAGAGUGCUGGAUGACCCGAACUGACCUGGCAAAGGAUGGAAAAUAUGAUGGGUGGCAAGUUGUGGAUCCAACACCACAGGAAAAGAGUGACAGUGUAUACUGCUGCGGUCCAGCCCCAGUCAAAGCCAUCCUGGAUGGAGAAACCGAUCUCAAAUAUGAUGUCCCAUUUGUCUUUGCUGAGGUCAAUGCUGACUGCAUUGACUGGCUGUGUAAAGCUGAUGGCACAAUGACAAAAAUGCUCUCUGACACCAAGUCAGUCAGACAGAACAUCUCCACCAAGGCUGUUGGCUCCAACACGAGGCUGGACAUCACAGACAAGUACAAGUACAAGGAAGGCACUGAGAAGGAGAGAACCGUAUUUAAAUAUGCCCUCUCCAGAAAUAAUGAGAAAAGGGACAAUGACGGGACCACAAACAGUACCAACGGAACAUCUCCUGGGGGCAUCGUUCCACGGCCAAAAAUAUACAUGCAAUUUAAAGAGGUAUCCAAGCCAAAGGACGGUGAGGACGUGAGUCUGAAGCUGGUGCUGAACAGUGAGAGCCGCACUGCCAGGCCUGUGUCCAUCAAUAUCAGCGUCCAGGCCAUGAGAUACAAUGGCUCACCGGUUGAAAACAUCCAGAGUGAGGUGAAGGAAGAGACACUGCUGCCUGGGAAAGAUCUGUCCAUCCCUAUCUUGGUCCCCUUCCUGGUGUACCAUAAGCACAUGGUGCACUCUGACAGCAUGAAGAUUUCAGCUGUGGUCACAGAUAAGCUGGAGCCAAAAAAUGUGUACCUAGCAGUGAAUGAUGUCAUUCUGUUGGAUCCUCCAAUCUCCAUCACAACUCCCAGUCUGGCAAGAGUGAACCAAAGCACAACUGCUGAAGUGGUUUUCAUGAACCCAGUCAACAAGACACUGACAGAUUGCACUCUGACUAUUUCUGGAAGUGGUAUUGUGGACGGAGAGCAAAAAUGCAUACUUCCAGAUCUGAAACCAAGCCACAGGUUUCGUGUUACGUUUUUCUUACUUCCCAAGAAGACUGGCAAGAAGACUCUCCUGGCUGACUUUGACUGCUCCUCCUUCAGAGACCUCAAGUGCACCUGUAUUGUCAAUGUCCAACCAUAAUUCCUCAGAAUCACAGGGUAGAAAAUGUGUAAUUUUAAUCAGUAAAUACAUUUUUAAAAAGGCUUGAUGCAGAUAUUUUAUUUUAACACAAUUCUUUAUAUUAAAAACUUUACUAGCAUUAAAAAAAACAACCUUCAAGGGAUAUAAGAUCAUAUAGUUAUAUUCAUCAUAUUCUUUGUGUUUUUCCUUACUUUGAGCUUCAGAAGAACCCUUUUGAGACUGGCUCCAAAAGUGAGUCCAUCUUAACAGACUUCUGUGUUAAAAUGCCCAACUAGACAGUAUAGUAGAAAAAAAUUUUAAAAAUCAAAUGGAAAGUACAGAUUUCCUCAUAACAACUUGUACAGUUGUUAU